CAAAAUUAUGGUAAACUAAACCGUUGUUAUUAGUUAGGUUUCAUUAUGUUUCCUUUUAAAAGUUAUCCAUCUUCACAUAUUAUUUUGAAUGUAUGUACCACUAUUUUAUAUAUGCAUGUGAAAUAAAAUCAAAUACAUGGUGACCAAUACCAUUCUCACUGUACUAUUAAUCACAUUAAUAAAAUAAAUGAGGUGAAAAAGAUUAUAAAUCAGUUUCAAGUGAAUAGAAACAAUAAAAAAAUUUUGUCUAAAAACACACGGUAGUAACUACUCAAAUAUAUUGGAAUGUGAAUAUACUAACUGAAAUUAUGGUAUAUUAGAAAGUAUUUAUUGAGUUCAAUACAAUAUUCAUUACAUAUGAUUAUUAGAAUAUACAAGAAACAUAAAUAAAUUGCAAUUGGAUUUUAUUAAAAAUUUCUUAAGUGGAUCUUGUUUUAAUGAAGUCAUUACCAUAUGAAUAUUAUAUAUUAUUAAAUAUGAUUUUGUUAUUAAUUUUGAAUGAAUUAUCAUUCAUUAUUGGUUUAAAUGAACAUGUUCAAUUGUCAAAUACAAUUUUAAACAAAGAAUGUGAAAAUGAUGAUCCACUAGGUAUGAUAUCAGGUACAAUUGCCGAUUGGCAGAUUACUUCAUCUUCAACUUAUCCAUCCAGUUUGGUGAAAGGAUGUGAAGAAAAAAAUGCACGCUUAUUUCGAACAAAUGGUUUAGCUUGGUGUGCAAAAUUUAAAUCCUCUUCAGAAUGGCUUCAAAUUGAUUUAGGUGUACAAGCAUUAGUAACAGGCAUCAUGACUCAGGGUCGGGGUGAUGGUUCAGAAUGGGUAACUUCAUUUAUGAUAUCCUACAGUGAUGAUGCUAUGCACUGGAAGUUUGUCACUGACCAAUAUGCCAAUCAAAAAAUUUUCGAAGGAAAUUCAGACUCCUACUCAGUAAAACAUAAUUAUUUUGAUGAACCAAUUCGAGCGAGAUAUGUUAAAAUUCAUACAUACACAUGGCAUAAUCAUCCUAGUCUUCGAGUUGAAUUAGUUGGCUGUCAGUCAUGUAAACAACUUAUUGGUAUACCUCCUUAUGCAAGAUUCGCUGCUUCAAGUUCUCGUGGCAAACGCUCACAACGUUCUUGUACUCCAGAAUAUGGUCAUUAUCUAAGUAAUAAAGCAUGGUGUGCUCAGCGUCAGGAUGCCUUGCAAUGGCUUCAAAUAGACGUUGGCCCACCAACAUUAAUAACUGGAGUUAUUCUGAAAUCACGAGGAGAUGUGAAAAAUUCGCAAUAUGUAACACGUUUCAAGCUCUCUUACAGUAAUGAUACACGCCUGUGGUACUUUUACAAGGAUGCAGCCCCUCUAGAUCCUAGGUCUACUGUGUGGUCAUUUGAAUGGAGUCAAAAAAUGAAAGAAUCAGAUGAUAAGAUAAAAUCUGAUAAAAUAUUUGAUGGAAAUAAUGAGCAAAUCACUGAACGUAUUCAUUAUUUGGCUACUCCAUUUAUUGCACGUUAUGUACGUAUACAUCCAGUAAUAUGGAGAAGCCGUAUUGCAAUGCGUGUUGGUCUAUUAGGAUGUAAACAGAAAGGUUCGUGUACUGCUGGUUUCUUUAGAAUUAACAAUGAAAGUUCUUGUGUUCCUAAUCUUGCUUACAAGAAAAAUGCUUGGUUAACACCAGAAUCUUCAAAUCAUCGUAAAAGAAAUCUUCUAGAUUCUGAUAAGGUAUCACGAUCAUAUGGUUUCACCAGUGAAGCAAGAAACUUAAUUGAUCCUGAAAAUCCUUCACAUUUUCAGUAUACUGAAAAUCAACGUCCACCAAUGUUGGCUCAUCAUAGGAUAAGAGAUAACACCGCUAACUCAAAUGCAUUCAAAUUUAGUAACAUACCUCUAUGGUCAUCAGUUAAUGGUAUGACCAAUGAACAAUUCAUGGGUGACAGCAGUGAUAGAAUGGCAUUGUUAGCUGUUGAUGGUUGGACAGGUGAAGAAAUACUUUUAAAAAAUUCAACCUUAUCAACGAGGUCAUCAGAACGUUUAAUGAAUGAUGCUCCAGAUAAUAAACAACUUACGAAUGAUAGUUUGAAUAAAAGAAGUAUACAGAAUGUUCUACACACAACCUCAAUGACACAAAAGUCCGCCCAUCCAUGCACUAUACUUGAAUAUCGUUGGCCCUUUGUUGAAUUACCUUCAUGGUACGUAGACCUUAGGGAGCAUAUUGAAGUAAAAGGAGUUGUUAUUUAUACAGCAGGUCAUGGUAGAGAUGGAAGAUAUCUUCUGUCUUCUUUAUUUGGCAGUGAUGACAAAACAAAAUUCAAUUCAGAAAAUUUAGAAAGAUUAUCUAUCUAUGUCGAGUCAGAGCCACGUCACCAUGAUACUAAAGCAUUAUCUAGAUCAAGUUCUAGUCUAUGUGGUUUUGUUACUAGAAUUAAUGAUGCUAUAUUCAGUCCACGUUUACACAUACCUUGCAGACAACCGUUAAUCGGUCGUUAUGUUUAUGUUGAAGCUCGUGGAGUUCGUGGAAGGUGGUCACAAGAGUUUGCAGCUUUGUUAUGUGAAGUUAUGGUGUAUUAAAACAAAGCUGUUUUUGUUAAAGUGUUAUGAAAGUACAAAUAAUGCAUUUAUAAUUAUCAUAAUAAUUAUCAUUCAUACCUCGUUAUAAUCAUUAGCGAAUAGAAUCAAUCAUUCUUUUAACAGUGUAAAGGUGAAAGAAAUUAUCACAGUUAAAAUGAAUCUUACAUGAAGUUUUUCUGUCCAUUAAACGUUAUUUACUAUUAUUUUUGUCUCAUGACACUGUUUCUUUAUAUCAAUUUUUACGUAGGAAAUACUUGUUCAUCAUCAAAAUAUAUAUUCACUAAAUAUAUUUACACAUAUAACAAUGAAAUCAUUGCAUAUUGCUUAAUUAUACAUAAUAUGGUUAAAAUGUUUCUCUAGACGAACACCUUAUUUAUAUAGAAAAUUGUUUAAUCUAAAAUAGCUUUAUUUGUCUAACGCACAUUAACUUCAUUCUUUUCAAACUAUGUAAUCAUCCUACGAACUGGAAAACAGAUCAUUUUAACAAGUAUACCUUAAUGAAUUCAUUUUGUUGCUUAUACUCCAAUAUACAUAUAUAUUAAUAAACUUUACAUUUAAUAAUGAAAAUUGUUUCACAAAUAAAUCCUUUUAAAAUAAAACUCUGAUAACAAAAUUGUUUAGAAUAGGGUUUCGGUGUUGUAUUGUUUUAUUAUCU